CCUGGCGGCCGGCGGCGGUAGCGCGCAGGGUCCGCCUACCGGUCGCGCGCCGCCGCCUCCGCCGCCGCUUGAGCCCAACAUGGCGAUGCACAACAAGACGGCGCCGCCGCAGAUCCCAGACACCCGGCGGGAGCUGGCCGAGCUGGUGAAGCGGAAGCAGGAGCUGGCGGAAACACUUGCAAACUUGGAGAGACAGAUCUAUGCUUUUGAAGGAAGCUACCUGGAAGACACUCAGAUGUAUGGCAAUAUUAUCCGUGGCUGGGAUCGGUAUCUGACCAAUCAAAAAAACUCCAAUAGCAAAAACGAUCGGAGGAACCGGAAGUUCAAGGAGGCGGAACGGCUCUUCAGCAAAUCCUCAGUCACAUCGGCCGCUGCAGUAAGUGCCUUGGCAGGAGUUCAGGACCAGCUCAUCGAAAAGAGGGAACCAGGAAGUGGGACAGAAAGUGAUACUUCUCCUGACUUCCACAAUCAGGAGAACGAGCCUGCCCAGGAGGACCCCGAGGACCUGGACGGUUCAGUUCAGGGAGUGAAGCCCCAGAAGGCUGCCUCCUCUACUUCCUCAGGGAGUCACCACAGCAGCCACAAAAAACGGAAGAAUAAAAACCGGCACAGCCCGUCUGGCAUGUUUGAUUAUGACUUUGAGAUUGAUCUGAAGUUAAACAAAAAGCCCCGAGCUGACUAUUAGAAGACUUGUUAGCAGCAGCUUCUUGCUGUGGAGCCCUGCUUUCCCUCUGACCUCACAGCGACAAAUGUUCCUCACCUGACUGUGGCCAUCCGCCUCUGCUUCCCCAGACCCAGUGCCUGUAACUGGCUAGUCUGUCAUAACUGUAGUGACGAAUCCUUUCUAUACGAUUGGGUCAUUUGCUGUUGUCAUCGUUAGUAGCAGAACAGCGAGCGGGAAGAUCUGUCCUUGGUCCCAGUCCCCGCGGGUGGCUAACUGUGCAUUUCUCCCUUCUUAGAAUGAAUGUCUCCCCCCAAACUGGCUGGCACCAGCUCCAUCUGUGAUUUUCCCCCCAUCGAGAAGUGCACAUCUCUGAUUUUGUGUUAUGCUGAAAGUAGAACCUAAGUUCCAUUGCAGAUGGAGGCUGUAAAUAUCUGCCAUUCUUUUGUUUUGUUUUGUGUUGUAUUAUUUUUUUAUUGUUGUUUUUACCAUCUGAUUUUCUUUUGGGACAUUUUGUGAUGCCUGUACCCUUCCUGAUGACACAUCUGAGCAUCUGUUUCAUGUGGUAUCAACAUUCAUAACGGAAACUAAAGUGGCUUUCUAGAACUGAA